AUGGGCGCCCCGUGGCUGGCGGCUGGUCCGUGGGCUGCCUCGGUCGCGACCGCUUGGAUCACGCAGUGCCCCGCCUGCCCAGAGGCGCGGGUCACGUGCGGGAGCUGCCCCGCGUGCAAGGGGUCGCCGGCGUUUAGUUGCGGGACCUGCCCUGGCUGUCCACACCGCCCGACUUGCAGCCUGGCCUGCGGUGCGGGCCCGGGCUGGUGGGCGGUGGGCGCCGCCCUGGCCGCCUGCUUGCUGCUCGGCUUCGGCGGCGCCGGGCUGCUGCGGGCUGCUGGGUGGGUCGCCGCGCGGGCGGCGGGGCUCGUCACCGCCCGCGCCGAGGGUAGCUCGACCGUCGCGCUGGUGGUCCAGGAUUCGGAGGCGACCGACAGCGGGGGCCAGAUGGCCCAGCGCACGCUCGACGUGCCGGAGCCGCAGGUAUGCGUGAACUUCGACGACAGCGACAUCUUCAGGUGGCACCACCGACUCCUGUUGGUGCAACUGAGCCCGGGCGUCUUGGUGGCCGCAAGUCCAGAUGGGGAGGUGCUCGUGCUCGACCUCAGCGGUCACCUGGUGUAUGCUUUCGGGGAGCUGAGCGACGAGGACAUCGAGGCGCUCCGGGUGGAGGCGCGCGGGCUCGCCGUCGUGAUGGGCGUGAGCGCCCCCACGGCUCCGCCCAGGGCUACCGUGUCGUCUCGGAUCCAGGAGGCCGACGAGGAGGACUGGCGCGCGGAGAAGAGGCGGGGGCCGGGGCGGGAUCCUCGCAUCUCGCCGAUCUCGCGACGUGGGCCAGGCUAUCAUGUCGUGCUCUCGGACGCGCUAGGCAGGAUGAACUCGCUCGAGAUCUCCGACUGGCCUUUACGCGGGCCGAAGGCCCUCCCCGAGCUGCUGACUGCGGUGGUGGCGACCGGGCUCACGCUCACGUCGUACUGGGGGUUCUGGGUCUCGGAGUCGGGUGUCUUGCGGAACGCGGGCGUCUUGCAGGAGAUGCGGCGCCUCCUGAAUGUGCUGCACCAUGUCGUGACCUACGACCUCUUGGACACAUCGAACCUGGCUUCGUUCAAGUUGGCGGGGCGCCGUGUGCUUCAUAUUCAGCGCGCGGCGAAGCGGUGCCCUCGUCGCCAGAGCUUCAAGGAGCGGCUGCGCCGCGAGGAGCAGGAGCCCGAAGCGAAGAAGGACGACAGGCCGACUACCGCUCAGGAGUCGGUCAUCAAGCGGGUCCGACAUCGCGUCCGCGGCUUCGGCGAGCGCCCGAAGGACAUGGACUCAGCUGGAGCCUUGCAGGAGUUCCUCAAGUGCAAGGAUGCGCAGCGCGUCGCCAAGGUGCUCAGCGACUUCGACUCGGACGCGGCGCGGCCCGUCGCCGCCGUCCCCGAGGAGGAGGACAUCGUCGAGCCGUGCUGGGACCCUUUGCUCAACCUUCGAGUCCUUCAGAACCGUGGACGCCUCGUCGACUUCCGUCGGCGCCUCGCCGCUCGCGGGCUGUCGGGCGGCCGCCGACGGCGGCAGGCGCGCGCCAGCGCAUUCUUCGUGGCCAAGAAGAACGGGGGCAUCUGCGUGGCGGUCGACGCCCGCCAGCCGAACCAGCUCCACAAGUUGCCCCCGCGCGCUGCGCUGGCGUCUGGUGAGGCGCUUGGGUCGAUCAACCUUCUGGACGCGAUUGACGCGAGCCCCGAGGGCCUCGCCGACUUCGACGGCUGCUACGAGUCACUUUGCGCUGGCUCGUUUGACCUCAUGGGCGGUUUCUACCAGUUCGCUGACCCGUCCUGGGAGAGCUGGAUGUGCUUCGACGUUCAGGUCACGGCCGACGAGCUCGGGAUCGACGCGAUCUAUGACGCGAAGCUCCAGCGCCGAGUGCCCCCCGACGAGCCGAUCUGGUCGUGCUUCGCAGCGCUGCCCAUCGGGUGGAGCUUUGCGCUUUGGAUCUGCCUUGAGGUUCUCGUCAACGCGAUGGAUGUGGCCGGGCUCCCGCGCGACGCCCGGUGCCUUGACGAGGCUCGUGCCCCGGCCCAGUCAGUCGACAGGUCGCCGCGCGUCGAUGAUGGGGACUUCAUCUCUUUCAUCGCCUCGGCGAUCAACGACCUGCUCGCCGGGCUCACCGACGAGCUCGACGGGCGCGGCCUGGACUGGCAAGAGCUGGAGCGGGCGCAGCCGGGGCUUGUCAUCCUGGGGAUGGUGCUCCACGGCGUGCUCGGCGCGUGCUACGCCUUCGCCGGCGGCGACGGCGAGCCGGCGCCUGUGGCCCGACUACCUCCUGAUGUGCCUGGAGAGCUUGCUACGACAGCUGGCCUCAUCUUCUUGGGGGAGGUCGACCUCUGCCGCGUGCCGUCUGACGUCGCCCUCACCACCGACAGCUCGUUGCGGGGCUACGCGGCGUGCGAGGCGAGGCUGGAGCCUUGGGAAGUGCUGGCGACUACCCAGUGGCGUGAGCGGCAGCGCUUCGUCGCCGCGGAGGCCGAGGUUGCAUCCGACGACGAGCUCUACGAGGGCCGGGCUGUGGACUUCACCGACCCGUCGGAGCCGCUGCCGCUGCGGGCCCCGCCGAAGCUGCGCCGCGCCGUGGCGAAGCGGCGGCGAGUGGAGCUGGAGAUCGGGGUGCCGCCCGAGCCGCUGGCGGACGCGCUGCCGGACCCGGGCCGCUGGACCGAGCGGCGGAGGGGGUCCUGGCGGCGCCCUGGGAGGAUCCACGCCCGUGAGGCCCGUGCCGCGGUCGCGCCGCUUUGGAGGGCCGCCGCCGACGUGGCCUCCCACGGCAAAGAGAUCCUCAGUCUAUGUGACAACAUAUCGUCGGUCAUCGCUUUUGAGAAGGGCAGGGCCACCAACUUUGAGUUGCUGGCGCAGUGCAGACGCGCUGCGGCGGUGCGCCUCGGGCGCGAGAUUCGCUGGCGCCCCCGGCACGCCCCUGGCAUCUACAACGUCGCGGAUCACGGGGGCCGAGCUGCGAACCGAGGCGAGCUGCGCGCAGGGUUCUUCAACCAGCCGUGGGUCCUCGACAGCGCCCCCCCGGACGUCUUGGGCAGCCUGGCGCUCUGCGUGGAGGGCCCGCAAAAGGUAUUGUACCACGCGGGGCUCUCGGGCAUCAUCGUGGCUCCUUUGAGGGCCGCGGGCGUGUCUCAGCCUUCAGGGUCUCGAGCACCUCGCAAGGCCUUCUUGGAGCUCUUCGCGGGGGCUGCCAACCUUGCAGGGGCGCCCACAG